CUUUCCCAUCCCCACUGCUCACAUCGUCUCCAGCCGCUCGACAGGAGUGUGUUCGGUCCACUGAAGCGAUAUGUUAACACAGCAGCAGAUCACUGGAUGAGAACACACCCUGGAAAAACGUUGACCAUAUACGACAUCCCAAUCCUAGUGGCCACAGCUCUGCCACGUGCAGCAACACCCAGCAACAUCAGAUCUGGCUUUGUGUGCACUGGCAUCUGUCCUUUCAACCCAGAUAUUUUUGAGGAGCAAGACUUUUCACCUGCAUAUGUCACUGACCGCCCAGUUCCAUGUGUAGGCCUACCAUGUGCUCCCACAGCACAUUCUAACACAGACCCAUACAGCCAGAGCCUAUUUGAGGGAGGACUGCUGCCAGAGUAUCCUGCGGGUUCAACUAGGGACACCUGUUUAGAGUCUGCCAUCCCUGACCACCCAGCUGUCUGUUCAGCUGUCCCUCCUGAAGAAAGGGGAAGAGGUAUGCUUGAGGUAAGACAUACUAGUCCAUGUCUGUUCAUUCCAGAAGCUGUACGUCCCUUCCCCAAGGCUGGUCCGAGAAAGGACACAAAACGGAGAGGCAAAAGGAGGUCAACGGCGAUCCUCACUGACUCUCCGGUGAGGGCAGCACUGGAGGAGGAGCAACAGAAGAGGAUCCAGAAGAAGAAGAAGAAGCCUCAGAAGAAGCCGCCUGCUCCAAAGAAAAGGUUCCUCACGGUCGAAAACACUGCACCCACAGUUUCCUUGGACAAGGAUGAGGAAUGUCUUGUGUGUGAGGAAACAUUCAGCUCAUCCUUGCCUGGGGAAGUGUGGGUUCAGUGUCUCUUUUGCCAGCUCUGGUCACAUGAGGCAUGCACUGAGGGUGCAGAACAUUAUAUCUGUCACCACUGUGACAAUGAGUAGGCUGAUGCCUUUUUUAUGUUCCUUUUUGUUUGUUUACAUAAGUCAGGUUUCCAUCAAAGUUAUGGUGGCAUUCCUUUGCUGUUUUUGUUUCUAGGUUUCACUAGAGGAACAUUGAGGAACAGCUGAUUUCGGUAUGUCACCCUCACAUUUUAUCCCUCACAUUUAGGUUAGCCAUACCUUAGCUUUUCCACCUCCACCUAUGAAUUUUUAUUUAUUUUAUUUUAUUUAUUUUUAGUGUUUCCAUCCAGAUGUUUU